GCAGUAAGGAUCUGUUUCAAAACCGAAGAAAGCAAUAGGAAGAACGACUGCAGUCAGCCAAGAUUGUCUCCAAAAGAAUGUGUCUUGGGACUCACGUAUACUCAGCUCACCAGGAAAAGGGGCUCUGCACCAGGCGCCCAACAGCAACGGCAUCACCAAUGAAACUGCUUCCAUUCCUAGCUCUGAUUUCCAGUCUGCUGGACUAUGGCUGUUCGUCUGCAAGCUGCAACGUGACAUGCCACAAAGAUGCGAGGUGUGAAGUUCAGGGUGGGACCACAGGCUGCUAUUGCUCCCAAGGAUAUACAGGAAAUGGCAUAACGUUCUGUAACGAUGAUAAUGAAUGUGAAAAUGCUACUCAGCCUUGCGGAGAGCAUGCCAAUUGCACAAACACAGUGGGAAGUUAUUUCUGCAUGUGUGUGCCUGGCUUCAAAUCCAGCAAUGGUCAACAAACUUUUGUACCUAAUGAUGGAACCUCCUGCGUGGAUGUAGAUGAGUGCAGCAACGAAGGAACUGUUGCCUGUGGAGAUCAUGCAAAAUGUGAAAACGUGGAUGGAGGGUUUAACUGCUCCUGUAAGGAAGGUUAUCAACCAUCCACAGGAAAAUUGCAGUUUAAGCCAGAUGAUGGCACUUCCUGCCAAGAAAAUCCAAAGGCCAAGUGUGAGUUAUACAAAGACUGCAUAACUGAACAUAUUAAUAGAACUUUAGCUGGAAUCAGUCAUUUAAAAACACCCCUGGAGAUGCUGCAAGAAAUUAAUAAGAAUACUUUGGGACCACUUUUACCCGUAGAUGUGAUUUCAUAUGUUGAAGUACUAUCUUAUUCGUCGCUGAAUACCAUGCAUUACUCUGUUUCUGACAAUGAAGCGCUUCGUAACACAACCAUUAACGUUUUUGUUAACACUGUGAACAAUUUUUUACAAAAGGACAAACUUACAGCCUGGGAAGCUCUUCCCGUAGAUCACCAAAGACGGAGCCUGACUAAGCUGCUGCAUACAGCAGAACAAGCGACGCUUCUCAUGUCGCAGAACUUCAAAAAGACAACACAGCUAGAUGCUAACGCAAGUGACAUAGCACUCAAGGUUUUUGCUUUUGAUUCACACCACAUGAAACACAUUCACCCUCACGUAUACAUGGGGGGAGACUACAUAAAGAUCUCUCCAAAGAAGAGACAGGAAUCUCAUCCUAAUGGCACCGUUGCAGUUGUCUUUCUGCGGUAUAGCAAUAUUGGUUCUCUGCUUUCAUCGCCUAAAAACCGCUCCUCGAAAGCGACUUCAGAGCAGAGACAGACAGUAAGCUCAUCAGUUAUAGCUGUUGCAAUUAGCUCAAAUCCACCUACGCUCUAUGAGCUUGAGAAAAUAAUAUUUACCUUAAAGUAUGCCAAGACUGCGGAUAAAGAUAUUAAAUGUGCAUUUUGGAACUACUCAGCAGACACAAUGAAUGGCAACUGGGCUACAGAAGGCUGUGAGCUGACACAUUCCAACUCCACUCAUAUCUCAUGCAAAUGUAAUCAUCUGACUCAUUUUGCUGUUUUGAUGUCCUCAGGUGGCUCUGUUGGUGUUACAAAUUAUAACAUUCUUACAAGAAUCACUCAGCUAGGAAUAAUUAUUUCGUUGAUUUGCCUCUCCAUGUGCAUUUUUACAUUCUGGUUCUUCAGUGAAAUUCAAAGCACUAGAACGACAAUUCACAAAAACCUCUGCUGCAGCCUUUUCCUGGCGGAACUUAUUUUUCUGAUUGGAAUUAAUAUGAACACUAAUAAGCUCUUCUGUUCAAUUACUGCUGGAUUACUCCAUUAUUUCCUUCUAGCUGCUUUUGCAUGGAUGUGCAUUGAAGGUAUUCACCUCUACCUUAUAGUUGUGGGAGUCAUCUACAACAAGGGUUUCUUGCACAAGAAUUUCUAUGUCUUUGGCUACGUCAGUCCAGCCGUGGUCGUUGGAAUCUCCGCCGCACUAGGAUACAAGUACUAUGGCACCACAGAAGUAUGUUGGCUCAGCACAAAGAAUAACUUUAUAUGGAGUUUUAUAGGACCAGCAUGUCUAAUAAUUCUUAUGUCCAGGUGCUAACCGAGCUACCGCCAUGAAAGAUGGACCAUUUCCCUCCGAGCUUUCAAGUGCUCUUUUGUCUUGCUUAAAAAAGGGAGGGGGGGGAGGAAGGAAAAAAAAAGAUUUGUUAGUUGCCAAAUUUGACAGCUGUCAGCUACCUUGAUGGGGCAAAAUGAUGAUAUAUAUCACUUCACUCGGUAUCUUACAAUUUAAUUGUAAUUAAUUAUGAAAGAAACUACAACUCUUCAACAUGAGUGCAAAUAUUUUUAUUUGCAGGCAGAUGUUUUGCAUGCUUUAUUAAAUUUUGUGCAUUUCAUACCAUUCAGUGCUCAACUAAAAAUAACCAUCAUUCUGUACCUACACAGAGAGAGUUUCAUGCAGUGUGAAGCACUAACAUCAUAUUUACUUGAGGAUAGAACAUUAUGUUACUCUUCCAGUAUGUAAAAUACGUACAUUUAACAGUGGAAUUAAGGACCUAUUUUAAAUAUAGCAGUUGCUAAGCAAUGUGCUAUUAGCAGAACUCCAACAGCUUGGAACAUUUAGCAUUUUAGGACCUACGUGCUCAUUUUUAUAUUAUUACUUAGUUUGCAAAACACAGUUAGUAAUCAACAGAGAAGUUUGUAAUUUGCUUAGGCAAUAGAUGAGAUUGUUUCUCAGUGUUCUUCUGUAUCCUCAUCUUAGGAAAAAGAACCAAGUAAAUAUUAUUAUGUCUUGAUAUGCAUACAACUCUAUUAUUUUCUUCUACAAACUGUGGAUGGUUGAAAUUCUGCUGUGGUGGUCCCAGAACUGCUAGGAGUAGAAGUCAAAGCAGCAGUAUCUUGAUCUACCCAUGUCAUCCGUUGGGCAGUUUUCCUUCAUUACAGAAGCCUGUGCAGAAGUAUCUGUCCAGUUAGCUGUGGUAGUAUUGAGACAGAGGGAGGGAUGCAAAUCUGCAAACAUUUACAGAGCCAUCCUAGCUCUAGGUGGAGGUAGGUUAACACCACACACAGUUUUUCCCAUCCUGUCCUAAAAUACAUGUGAUUGAUUGAUUGAACAGAGCUCCCCAGGCUAAUUCCUUUGACAAAACAUCCUUAUUGUUGACAAGAUGAUUAGGAAAGCAUCAGGAAAUUUCUUUGAAUUUGCAAUUGCUUUUUCUUUCCCGUGAAAGGGAGAGGAAAUUAUCCAGACCGCUGCUGUGGCUGUGGGUCAGAUCUACUCCUAGGACUUGUACAGCUCUAGACAGCUCUGAACGCUUCUUUGCGUGCCUGCUGUAUCUUACCAACAUCACAGUUGCGAACAUGGGAACUGUACCGCGGAAAUCCCCAAAACACAGCUGCAGGAAAAUGUCAUGAUCCUGCUCUAUACCACAUUCUGCAUCCAUGAUACGUGGAAGUGCUAAUGUGCAGAGUGGAACCCACAGCAGCGUCCACUGCUGCCCAUGAAUCCCUUGAGACUGCCACUCUCAAUGACGUGUAGAGGUAAAGCCUUGACAACGCUGGAGGCAAUGGGAGUUUUACCAUUUAACGGGAGUUUUGCCAUUGGUCUAGUGCAGGCAGAAGUCACUCCAAAGUCCUAAAUACUCAUGAUCCUUCACACAGGUGAUGUCCCCAGAGAGACGUAUCAAAUACUUACCAUCCUCCCUUUAAACUUAGCCACGGGUGCACAAUAAAACCUAGCUCAUCCAGAUUUGUGGCUCCUUAGAGAUUAACCUGGGUUAUACAGACACAUAAAUGUAGUUGCCUAUAUCUACAGAAUCCUGAUUUCAUGGGAUCUUAAUAAUUGCCCUUAUUUAGUGUCUAUUUCACAUAAAUAUCUUUUAAGUUUCCUACCGUUUGUUCAUAAAUAUACCCCAACGUUUCAAGAAUUUAAGAAAGCUAAAAAUACUUUUACAAAUAUCUUUAAGGAGAAAUUAUUCCCUGAAGAUGCUAUGAGUGGAGGCUGUUCCUAUAUCAGCCCUUGGAUUUGAUUAACCAGUUAAAAAAAAAAAAAAAAGGAAUAGAUUAAUUAUUAAAAUUAGUCCUACAGUGCACCUGAGCACGCUGAAUGAAACCUGAUUCCCAGGGAAUCUCAGGGGAAGGGAGGGCUGAGGAUGCUCAGUGCCCCACAGAACUGGGCUUGCAGGGAGAAAGUCAGAGGUUUCCUUUGUGAAAUAGAAAGGGCUGAGUGUAUUGUUUGCCCAAGAGCAGUUUGGGGUGGUUUGUUAAAUAAAUAAAACAAAAAAAAAAAAAGAAUUCAGUUCUAGGCUUGGAAUCAAUGCAAUUCCCCUUUAGCCUAUUAGACUUGCCGAGAAGCCCCUCUCAGGACAUGCAGCAGUUUCUCUGACUGCUCAGCCAUGUAAUAACACUGAAAACAAAGGCACGAGAACUUACUGUGUCACACUGUAAUGUCGUUAUUCACUUGAUAAAACUGUGGCCGUGCCACAACAUUUCACGCUUAGGGUUUGCCCAAAGCCGCGGAGUAGCUCCGCUCAUUAUACAGGUAACUUCUCCCCAAAGCCGGCGUGUGGCAGCAGCAGUCCCCAGGCUGGGUCUUUCCAGGCCUGUGCAAAGCCUGGCCUGAGCUUGGUUUCACACUUGCCUGCACAUCUUGCUCCACUUCAGCUUGCUGCCUCUCCGGAGACCGUGUGCCUUAUGUUUGCCAUGUCAUUCUCAUUCACCUUGCCUGUCACCUUAAGGCACCCUUAAUUAUAACGUCAUCGAAGCUUUAUUCAACAAGAUCUGGAGAUUGUGCUUUAAUUACAAAAAUGAAAACACAUGAUUACAAGACAAGUAAGCAUAGAACACAGUAUUUGGCUAUAAGCAGCAGCUGAAGCCUUUUUAGAUGUUUCAGCAUCUCUCAUCCAUAAGUCCCUCUGUCCCAGAUGGAAGAUUUUGGGGUCCAGGACUCCUUGUGCCUAUCUAUAUUUUGGAUGACUUUUACAGCCUAUUGCCUCCAUUUCUGCUCAUCUGAAGCUCAGUUUUGGAUACGAAUUGAAAUGUCUUAAGUGGUUGCGUCUUUGGCCAGGCAUUUUUGUUGAUUUGACUUCCCAUCCUAUUUGUUGAAAUAUGUGUGGCUCCUUGGGGAUACCAGUUACAUAAAGGCCAUUUCCCCUUCAGUCCUACUCAGUCCACAUCCCCAGUUUUCCUACUCAGUCCAGCUGUCCAAUGUGAACUUUUUACUUUACGUUUCCCAGAAACAGCUGAGGCUCCUGGUACGUUCCAAGCAAAGAACAUGCAGAGGGUGAAGCAGAAUACGUUAAGCUUAGGACACCUAUUGGAUUGCCAGUUUUCUCUAAAGGCUGCGCUUGACACAUUAUUAACAGUAGCUAGUUUUUUCUCCUGGGUUUACCCAUGAGUUCAUGUUAUUGUUUUCCCUCAAGUUUUGCUGCAGUUCUGUGUCACAGGACAGUUACAACUACUUUGUUGUUACCUAUUUUGUCCCCCAAAGGACAAAAUGCAGUUCCAGAGGCCUCUAACUUAGGUUGAGGAAAAAAAAAAAACCAAAACCAAAAACCCGCUACAUUGCCUAAAAGCUGUUUUGAGACAUUGAUCAUUGUGUAAAAUCAGUCUAUGCACUUUGCUAUAGAUAUUUUUUAUUAAUGGAGUGCUUCAAAAUGGGACAAAAACCGACGUAAGACUUCAAUAAAUCUUGGAAAUGACCGGGUAUUGCAGAAGUUAAGCUCACCCUCAUUACCGGGUAACACUACCUCCUGCGAGGCUACCUGAGACGUAUUGUACAGUAAUUGUGUUCUGGCAGCUGACUCCGAGAAGCUGGCGUUAACCUUUCCCGCUCCCCCGAUACGUACAGAUUAUUCCCAUUAGAAUGAACUGAUGAAUGAAAAGAUCAUAGUUAAUGGGUAUUACUUUAACGCAGAGGGCCAAAUCCUAUUAUCCUGUGCAACGGACAGUGUAAAUAGUAUUUGUGUAAAGGAGCCCCGCUGGGACAAAGAGAAAUGGAAGCCGCUGCUGCGAGGCCCCACAUCUGCCCGUUGCCCACCCCAUCCUCGCUCAGUUAAAAAACCUCUCCAGUUCUGCAGCUGGUCUACGUGGCAGAAGGAUGAUGGGGUUUGGCCCACAGAGCUUCGACGGAGCCUAUUAAUGGCAAUAGGAAGGCUUUCAUUGACAUUAGUGAUCUUGGUGACGGGCCAGCAGAGAGGAAGACUGGUGGCGUGGUUUGUGCUUGCGAUCUUGGUAACAGUUUCUGAAGAAGUAGCGGUGUGUAUUCUCCGUCCUUGUGGUACUUUGAUCACAUUUCACCCUACCUUUUUCAGAUUAAUAAGUACAUUAUGUGGGUUAUGCAGAUUACAGUGUGUGCAUUAAGUUAUUUGAUACAUUAUUCACCAACAAAUAUAAGAUAAAAAGUAAGUCUGCAUAUAAUUACCCACAACUGCUGACUGACUUAUAAUUAACUUUGAAAAAUUGCUGGUUUAGGAGAUAUUAUAGAUUACAAUUUUAAAUAUAAGGAGCUUCAGAAUAGCUCUCACGAUCAGCGCACGUACAAAGUAUUCAGUGAAGGAUUAAUUCCCUAAACUGCUAAUCAGCUCUAUCUCCUGUCUUAUCAAAUUGUAAAUACAUUAUGCUGUAUUAAAGUAUGAGCAUGCAGCUAAUUAGAGCAGAGCCUGCAUUUAAUAUCAGAUACUCCCCCCUUGACACAACAAAAAUGUUCUAAGGAUGUACAUAACAAGUGUUAACAAAUGAAAGCGAUUCUUUUUACAGUGAUGCUGUGCUCCUACAGCAGCCUUUUGUUUUCAUUUCGGAGGACUUUUUUUUUAAAGAAAAAGAAGGAGGGAGGAAAAUCACACAGUCUUUCUGGAGAAACAAGUUGGAGAAGACGUUAAUUCUAUUCAUUCUACAGCUGGAAGCCCACAGGAACCAACCAAGGGAUUACAACCGAGGAUCUACAAAUAGUAUCUGGAUGACAUCCAGCUAAAAUUUGGUUCACUUACAAACAUUUUUAAUAGAUUCUGAUAUUAAAUGCUGCAGAGCAAAAUAACAAUUUUUUUUAAAAAGCAAGAAAACAAACCCAUCCACAUUGUUAAAGGAAUACAGUAUAAAUUUAAAUGAAAGAUCAGUGAAGCCCAGCCAAGCAAAGAGAGUUUCAGAACCAUAAUUGAGCAUCAUUUGCAAAACUGCUUCUUUUAGUUGCUUUUUUCUGUUUCAAGUUCAAAUAAAGUGAUGCCAUUAUAAAGAAGGCAGGAAAUAAAACAUACUGAAAUUAUUCACCUAUGAAACAAACAUAAAAUAUGAGAGAAUACGCAGCAAGGAGCCUUUCAACCAGUUAGUUUUUUAAAAAUUCUUUGUGUAAACCUCAAAGUUUUUUUGUGCCACUUGAAAGUUUUCACACCCCAAAGACCUCAGAACAUAAGAUGUUAUUAAUGUUAUUCAGCAACCAAAGACAUACAUUUUGUCAAGGUCUACACAAUACACUACAAUAGAAAAUCCAUGGGAGGAAGGGGCUUUUUUGGUUGUCUUUUCUUUUUUCUUAUUUCUUUUUUCUCUUUUCUUUUCCUUUUUCUUCUCUUCUUUUCCUUUUUCUUCUCUUCUCUCAUCUCUUUUUUCUCUUCUCUUUUCUUUUUUCUCUUCUUUUCUUUUUUUUUCUUGUUGUCUCGUCUCUUUUUGUCUCUUUUUUUCUUCUCUUCUUAAACAUCUCUACUUAGAGAAAAAAAAAUCUCAGCAGGAAAUUGAAGAGAUUUACCAAUAAAAUCAAUAAACAUUUGCAGACUGUUGGCAGUGAUACUGUUGAGAUAAGGUAGAGUUACAGCCCUGUUUGAUCAAUGUUUAUUACAGGGCUCAUAUUUUUUUAAUAGAAUGGAUCAGAAAAGGGUGGGGUUUUUCCCCUCCCGGCACUGGAUUCUGUAGGUUUUACAUACACAGAAAUUUUAUCUGACUUGUUUCAUUUAAAUGUGUAACAGUUACUGGUAUUCAAAAGCAUCCUGGUUUGAACUAAAAGUUCCUUUCUUCACUCC